AUGUUUGUGCGCGAAAAGCUCAACAGCCAGUUUCCAGAUACGGCUUUUAGCCCUCUUUGUCACCCAGAUAAGCACCCGGCAUUUCAUUACAAAGGGUUUCAUCCUGGGAAGGUUCAGCAACUUCCUCGUGGCCAUGUCAAGCAGCGUGGGUUUCAAGCCUUUCCUGUCGAUGUGACCUGGGAACAAGACCAAGUUAUCCACAUGCGAGAUGGUAUAAAGCUCUAUUGCGACAUAUUUCGACCAAGCAACGAGUCGAAGGUUCCUGCGAUCAUUCCAUGGAGUCCGUAUGGAAAGGCGUCGACUGGCUCGCAGACCUAUGACGUCAUGGGACCUUGGCGCAUGGGUAUCCCAUACCAACGUCUGAGUGGGUAUGAGACGUUUGAAGGACCUAAUCCGGCAGAGUGGUGUGCUAGGGGAUACGCCGUUGUGGAUAUCGACGCCCGAGGCUGCGGUCACUCGGAAGGUGACAUCAUGUUUUGGGGUGAACAGGAAGCCACCGAUAUCUACGACUCUAUUUCCUGGGCCGCUAAACAACCUUGGUGCAAUGGAUCCGUGGUGAUGAUGGGAAACUCUUGGCUGGCUGUAUCUCAAAUUAAUUUUGCUUCCCGAUUUACACACCCAAACCUGACAGCCAUUGCCCCGUGGGAAUGCCUUACGGAUGUCUACGCUCAGCAAAUUUGCCGGGGUGGUAUUCCAAAGGAGGGUUUUGGUGAUAUGAUCAUUCGAGGCUUCGCCGGGUUUGGCAACGCAGAAAAUUUGGGGGCAAUGCUGGAGCGACGUCCAUUAUUCGAUGAUUACUGGGAAGGGAAAAAGAUUAUGCCCGAGAACAUCUGCAAUAUUCCGAUGUAUGUCACCGCUUCAUACUCCACUGGCAUACACUGUGAAGGCUCUUUCAAAACCUUCGAGGUUGCGCAAACCUCUCGCAAAUGGCUUCGCGUUCAUGCAUCUCAAGAGUGGCAUGAUCUCUACAGGGUGGAGGCGAUGGAUGACCUCCAGAAAUUUUUUGAUUUCUAUGCUAAAGGAAUUGCCAAUGGAUGGGAGACAGACACUUCCCGUGUUCGGCUCACCUUGCUGGGUUAUGAUGGCAGCUACGCUCGAACUGUCGAAGAGCGGCCUGAGCAGAGCUGGCCACCGCAGAGCCAACAAGUCUCACGACGUUACUUGGACACAUCUAGUCGUUCACUGCGACUGGAAAAUCCAGCAAGGCCUAAUUCUAUAGCGCAUGAAGCGCAUUCACUCUCGGACUCGUCCGAUUUCGUGAUGCACUUUGACAGAUAUACAGAGCUUUGUGGCCGGCCGUAUGUAAAGCUAUAUGUUUCCUGUGAUGAAUCAGAUGAUAUGGACAUCUAUGUGCAACUUCGAAAGGUUUCAUCGAAAGGAGAGCUCCUGGAGUCUUUGAAUUGGCAGCCAAUGCCGAAGCCUCAACUGGAAGUUCCCAACACCAAUGUGGCCAAACAUCUCGGUCAACAAGGUAUGCUUCGUGCAUCACAUCAUGUCAGCCUAAGACCUGGAAGCAGUGACGAUGAGUUCCCAGUGUAUGAUCAUGCACGCCGCCAACCAGUACCUGCUGGAACGAUUAUUCCACUGCUAAUCCCUAUCUGGCCUGUGGGAAUUGUUUUUGAAGCUGGGGAGGGGUUUAUGCUUCGUGUUUCUGGCCAUGAUAUGGCGCUCCCCGAGGUCGAAUUCCUGACACCCACAGAACCAGUGGGUCGAAACCGUGGGAAACACACAAUUCAUACUGGGGGAGACUUUGACAGCUAUGUAUCUCUACCAUUCAUCAACUAG